UUCGGAACACCGAAAGCCGGUUUACCAGCAGUAGGGCCCAUCUGUGUCCUCGACAGCAGUUAACACUGAUACUUUCAUUAGUGUAUACGAAGCAUGGCGUUACUGGACACGACCGAUAUUAUCAUCUUGACGGUGAUUGCUAUUCUCACUGCGGUGUAUAUCCGGUAUUUUAAAGAUAGCGGCUCCAAGACGGUUACUGUUGGGGGUGCAGGAUCUGUGGCGGCGUCGAGCGGUCCCGCCGGAAGUGUUAAACCGGGAUCUGCAGAGAGUCCUCGGGCAUAUGGAAAAAAGUCUAUUUUGAAAAAGCUCCAGGCCCUAGAUCAUCCCUCCCAGCUCAUUCUCUUCUAUGGCUCGCAAACGGGAACAGCGGAAGACCUUGCAACGCGGAUUGCAAAGGACACAACAACGCACUUCAACAUACCUACUCUCAUAUGUGACCCGGAAGAAUAUGAUAUGACCGAGCUCACAAGAUGGCCAGGCGAGGCAGAGGGGAAGAAAUGGCUUUGUGGCUUCUUCAUGGCUACAUAUGGGGAAGGUGAACCCACUGAUAACGUUGUAGAGUUUUACGACUGGAUCAUGGCUGGAAAGGGAAAAGGAGAAGAUGACGGAGGACAGGACGACGGCGGAGAUGAUCCACUGGAGGAUGAUGCACUGGAUGGGUUCAAAUAUAUCGUCUUUGGCCUGGGCAACAAAACAUACGAACAUUACAAUGCUAUUGGCCGAAGGCUUGAUAAACGUUUGAAAAGCCUUGGAGGUGUACGUAUCGGGGAACGCGGCGAGGGUGACGAUGACGCUAGUAUGGAAGAAGAUUUCCUCGCGUGGAAACCGAGUAUCCUUGCUGCCAUGGCCGAGUAUUUCAACGUCGAGGAUGCUGGCUCUAUAGGUCAGCGGGACAAGCCUCACGUCCCGCUAUUCGAAAUCGCUCCUGCCACAAAUAUAUCACAAGCCCAGGUAUUCUGGGGUGAAUACAGUGCGGGCAAACCCAGGCGGUGGCAAAAGGCACAGGAUGGUGAAGAAGAUUACGAGAUGGUAGAUAGUGGCGUUGGAGAGAAGUUUGUUGAAGUAAGAAGUAGAAAGAUUGCGUACGAUGCAAAGCAUCCCCAUUACGGCAGGAUUUUGACAAGUAAACCACUGUUCAUCGAUGUGCACGACGAGUAUACCUUUGACAACACGUAUCACAUGCCCCGUGCUGGCCACAAGCGGUACUUGGUGGAGAAUACCAAAGUGCGAAUUGAACGUCAUUGUUUACACGUUGACCUGGAUAUAUCGGGUAGCGGCCUGAAGUAUGAGACCGGGGACCAUGUCGGCGUUUGGCCCGUCAAUGAUGAGGAGCACUUGAUGAGAUUGGCGAAGGCGUUGGGAUUAACGGAAGAAGAACUUGACAAGGUUGUAAUUUUGAAGCCGAACAAACAAAAUAUGGCGGCAGAGAGCGCCAAAGUCCCGUUCCCUGUGCCCUGUACUGUUCGGACAGCCUUACUGCAUUACUUGGACCUAGCUGCCAUUGUGAAGCAGUAUCAGCUUGAGAUUCUUGCAAAGUAUUGCAAGGACACUGCAGAGCGUGACUUGCUCUUUGAGCUAGCAGACAAUCGAGAACUAUAUGUUCCACUGAUUGAGCGAAGUCGCAAGGAUCUUGCUGACGUCCUGGACGUGUUCCAAAGCAUAGAGGUACCAAUAGCAGUGGUACUCGGAGAACUACUGCCCCGCAUCGCCGUUCGGUAUUAUUCCAUCUCAUCGUCGUCCAAAGAGGAGCCCAACCAUGUAGGCGUCACAGCUGUAAUGGUUCGAUAUGCUCUGCCUUCUCAGUUCCCAUCACAUCGCGUCAAAGAUGGCAAGGAAGGAAAUGUUGUUGUCAAGCAAGGUAUUGCAACGUCGUGGUUGCAAAGGCUCCAUGAAGCGAGAAGUGGUCUAGAGGCGGAAGCUGGCGUUUUGAAUAAUCAUUCGGAGACUGAGCCGAUCCCCAUUCCCAAGUUCUACCUUCCCUUGUAUAUCCGAACAUCGAAUUUCAAGUUACCCCGCAACCCUCGCCUGCCCGUAGUAAUGGUGGGUCCUGGAACAGGUGUCGCACCAUUCCGAGCGUUUGUCCGUGAAAGGUACCACCUUGCGUCUACCUCGCCCGAAAUGAAAGUUGGACCAACCUGGCUGUUCUACGGAUGCCGGCAUCCCGACAAGGAUUUCUUGUAUCGGGCAGAAUUUGAGGCAAUGGAAAAGGGGGUUGCGAGUGGGCAGGUCGAUUUGGAUUUGAAGGUGUUCAAAGCAUACAGUCGCUAUGAGGGAAAAAAGGUAUACGUGCAACACAUGGUAAGAGAUAAUGGAAAGGAUGUAUGGAAAAUGAUGGGCGAAAUGGGAGGUUACUUUUAUGUUUGCGGUGAUGCGAAACACAUGGCGCAUGAUGUGCAGAAUGCUCUCACUGAGCUUGCACUCAAGUUUGGUGGCAUGGCCAGUGAGGAUAAGGCGAAGGCUUGGGUUAAGGACUUGAGGACCAAAGGACGCUACUUGGAAGAUGUGUGGUCGUAGCGUAGGAUCAUCUAGGUUGUCUUCAGAAUCAUUGCAUUGUUCGGUAUUUUUAAGCGGAAGUAUAGCCACAGAGAUAGAUAAUAUUAUGCGACAGCGCGUGUAGAAUUCUGCGGUUUCGACCGCAGGAAUAAUA